AUGGUAGAUAACUCCAGCCUGACCAUGUUACAACUGAAGAGUGACGUCCCUGUACUAAACCUGCUGGGCUGUGCUAGACUAUGUGUAGACAGUCCUCAGCACUGUUACAGUUUCAUCUAUCACACGGUGUCACGUCUGUGUACCACAGGGACAUGGUUGGUUGCAUCCACGAAUACUUCAGCCAGGAACGAUGGUGUCCUAUACUCUAAUGGCGCCUACUGCAGCAGUGAGCUAGGAUUUCAGGUCAUCAGCCGGGGCUUGACCACCGUCUGUGUGUGGCUGUCGUCUGUCCAGUUGGGCUAUAUAGCAGCCAGGGACCAGUGCAAAGCUAAAGGUGCACAUCUUUAUACACCUAAAACGCAAGAAAAGCUCGACAUUUUUCUAAAGAUUGCACUAUCAAAAUCUAGCCUCAUUUGGAUUGGACUGAAUUGUUUUGCCAAAGUUUUUGAAUUUGUUUGGGAAGAUGAUGGCACUGUCAUGCAGAAGUCCUGGUGGACUGUUUUGUUUCAUGCAGGUUGUCCGUCCACCUGGCAUGUCCAUGAUGACGGCUGCUACCAGUUUAACGGCGACACGCCCAGAACAUUCGAUCAGGCCACAGUCGCAUGCGCGCGCUACGGAGCCGGGCUAGUCAGUGUGACAGACAGCAGGGAGGAUGAAUUUAUUGCCAGGUGGCUCCAGAUCAACGACCCUAGUUUACGAUCUUGGUACACAAGCGGCAAGCGAGAGGCUGUACAAAAUGGCGGCUAUGCUCUGACGUGGCAGGGCACUGGCGAUGACGUCACUUCCCCAGAUUUGCUCAUGCUGAACGAGACGCAGUCGAGUCUCCUUUCUGGUGUGAUUGUCUACAAACACUUCGACUAUGGCUUUCAUCAUGCCGACUCUGGGCUUUCUGAACGAGGCCCGGGAUUCUUAUAUGAACCACGUGAUACGGUGGUAGUGGGGAACCCCCUAGUGGCGGAACUAGAGUGUGUCGUCAUUGGGAAUCCACAUCCGGUUUACAGCUGGUGGAGGGGGGAUAACUUCCAAAUACUCGUGACGUCAGAGUUAGACCAGCGAUACACUCUAACAAAUGGGAAGCUAAUUAUAGACAACCCACGAGAAGAUCUGGACGGAGGGGUGUACAAAUGUCGAGCGGAGAACCGGUUCGGGGCGGUUGUAAGCCGUGCCAUCCGGCUGUCGUUUGGAGAAAUUGGUGAGUUCUCGAAUGUUCCUGACGCACCUGUCAAUGUAAAAGCUUAUGAAGGUGCCGCCAUAGACUGCAGCAGGAUCAGCUAUAGACCAGCCAUCAGCUAUAACUGGUUCAAACAAAACGUGGACCAGUUCGUCAGACCACAGUACCAACACUACAUGUUUAUUUCACACAACGGCAAACUCUACUUCUCAGAGGUGACACGAGCAGACGAGGGCAAAUAUUUUUGUCUGGCCACCUUGACGGGCGGGAACCAGCACACCAUUGGCACCACCCAGCCCCCCUCCCGGACAUCUUUACCCAUCAUGCUUCACGUGCACGACCAAGCGCCAAAAGCCAUAUGGGGCCCAGAGAUUCAGGAUGAGUUCAUUGCCGUCUUUCCCAAACCACCUCUAGCUGGACAUGACGUCAGGAUGGAAUGUUUCGCAUACGGCUCCUCCACGUCGGAGUUCCUCUACAGCUGGCACCGUCAGAACAAAUCCCUGCCGGCCAACUCCUACCAGAGUGACCACGGCCGGGUGCUGACCAUCAGAGAUGCCAGACUUGAAGACCAGGGCGUGUACACCUGUUCUGUCACACGGAGUUCCAGCACGGGGGACAGGAAGUCUGUUGACCUUAAACUUGGAGCCAAACCCUACUUUAUAAAACCACUGACCAACCAAUAUAUUUCAGCCAAACCCUACUUUAUAAAACCACUGACCAGCCAAUACGCUGACAUCGGGUCCCAACUAACUUGGCGGUGUGACGCCGGUGGGGUGCCAGCCCCGGUUUUCCAAUGGUACAGGAAUGGGGAGCUCCUAAAUAGCAGCGCAGACGCCGGCAUCCGGGUACACCGCAACGUGCUGACCUUUCACCGCCUGGAGCCCACACGUCACAACGGCAUGUACCAGUGCUCAGCCACAAACACACACGGCACGUCCUUGUCUGAAGGUCAACUCCUAUUUCUGGGGUUUAAGCCUAGCUUUCUCAACCACCCCCUACCUAAAACAACAUGGGGCCCUGUUGGGGGUAACGUGACCAUAGUCUGUCGACCCGAGGGGGCCCCGAUGCCGGACAUCACGUGGUACAAAAAUGGCGUCCUCCUGUCCAGUUUGUUACCACGAACGGAAAUGACGUCAGAGGGGUAUUUAACCAUCAUGCAUCUGGCGAAAGAGGACAAGGGUCAGUACAGGUGUGUGGCUAACAACAGCUUUGGUCAGGCGGAGGAUUUCACCCAGCUGAGGGUUGUGGAAAAACAACAAAACAAAAUCAAGGCAUCGAACCUCUCCCCAGCUGGUACAUACAUCACCGUGUCACCCGUAGACCAGAGGGUUCCAGCCAACACCACCGUGUUCUUCGUCUGCCAUGCCAGCUACUCACCUGGAACUGACCUGGUUUACACCUGGCUCUUCAACGGUCACCCCAUAGACUUCAGCAGAUCAUCAGAGUACAAAAUGGUGGACGAGGAGACAGGUGGUAAAACAGGUCUCUACGUCCAGCACGUCAACAUACGUCACACGGGACGUUACGAGUGUCUGGCCACAAGUUCCAUGUCCCACGACAAGAAAGGGGCCUUUUUAUACGUCGUUGUCUUACCUGCCUCCGCCACCAUCCACCACCAGGAGGUCAAGAGGUUUGCGGUGGUCACGGGACUCUCCCCGGGGUGUGGCUUCAGGUUUAGAGUGACGGCUGUCAAUAACUUCGGCUCAAGCCCACCCAGCCUGCCGACAGGAAUCAUCCAGACUUUGACUGCUGCACCUACCAUCGCCCCUGCUCAUCCUUGUGGUGGGGACGGGAAGGUGGGUGACCUGACCAUGAGGUGGACGGCAAUGUCUAAAGCUCAACAAGCGGGGGGCGGGUUCGGAUACGUCCUGUACUGGCGGAGACACACGGACACGGGGGCGGAGCCUUGGUCUACGGUGAAGCUGCUGGGCACCACUGACCACUACACGACGCUGGUCGGGGUGGAGAAUUAUUUUUUAGAGUACGACUUUAAGAUCCAGGCUUUCAAUGAUGCUGGCUACGGUCCCAAUUCUACAGAGGUCGUUAUCAUGUCGGCUGAAGAUCUGCCAGCCACAGUCCCAACCGACGUGAGAGCUGAGGGCUAUAACGGCACCGCCAUGGAGGUCACGUGGGUUGAGGUACCGCCCAUACGUGAAUACGCCAGGGGAAAAAUUCUUGGAUAUCAGAUCAACUACUGGCAUGAGUCUGAGGUGGUGACCGACUACAAAGAGUUCAUCCGUUAUGAGGGUCAGGUCACCUCUGGUAUUGUCAUCGGUCUCCGCAGUGAAGAGUUCUACUACUUCACAGUCCAGGCUUACAACUCGGCCGGCAUUGGGCCCAUCUCAGAGUAUUACUACCAGGAGACGUUGCUUGCUCCCAAUGAGAACUACCGCUCAGCGUGUCGUCACGUGGUACACGAUCACCACGCCCACCACACCCACAUCGAGGUCGACCCGGGGGUGGUCUACGCUGUCCGUGUCUCGGCCUGGAGUAUUGGGGGGUACGGCAAGAAAUCUUUGACGACAUACUUCACGCUAGAAGGGGACAACGUUAUAGUGGAUUACAAUUUGGCUCAAACUGUCGAGGCCUUUAGGUCAUCGUCACCAUGUUUGAUCAGCUGGCACACACUUCCGGUGUUCUUAAUGACGUCAUGGGUAUAUUUAACACAAAUUACCAGGGUCUAA